GCGGCCCGCAAAAAAAAAAAAGUAUCCUCGCAUCGCUCGUCGGCCGCGCGCGCGCUCGGUCCGAGAGGCAGAACGCGCAGAGUUGGCCGAGUGUUUUGAGCGGAGCGCUUGAGUUGGCGUUGCUGGUGUGCGGCGUGCGUGCAUGUGUGUGCCAUGGCAGCGGCGGCUGCUGCCUCGCGGCCGCGCCCGUUCGGAUUGUUGUCAGCGUCGUCGGCAGUCAACCGAGAGAUUCUCGUCCUGCUCGGCUCCCUGUGCGUCCUCGUCGGACUCGCGACGUCGUCGUCCCACCUCCCUCUGUUGUCAGGCACGCUGAAGACCUUCCAGAAGUUCGCCUGUGACGGCCAGACGCUGCACCUGCGCUGCUUCCGCAACACGAGCAUCUCCAUCUCGGUGGCCCAGUACGGCCGCAGUGUGCCCUACCACCUGCUCUGCCCGCCGGACGAGGAGCACCGGCCCAGGCCGCUCGAGUACAACGGCAGCGUGGAGUGCAUGGCCAAGGAAGCCCUGCGGGUAGUGGAGGAGGCCUGCAGGGAGCAGGAGGAGUGCACCAUUCGGACGGACGCCAAGUCCUUCAUGGUGGACCCGUGCCCCGGGGUGCACAAAUACGCCGAAGUUGCCUACAAGUGCCGACCGACCACAUUUACGAAUAGAAUAAUUUGCGAGGACAGCGUCCUUAACUUGCGGUGCCACAGGAACUUGAGGAUAGCGAUCUACUCUGCAAACUUCGGGGGCACCGAGCACGGAGUCCCGGAGUGUCCGCAGCGGCAGGACUUGAAACUCUCAGACUGCCAAGUGAGCUAUGCUACCGAGACUGUGCUGACAACAUGUCAUGGCCGUCGUAAGUGUACAGUAGCCGCAGACAUGGGCACUUUUGGAAACCCAAGUUGCCACAAGGAUUCCAAGCUCUUCUUGAAAGUUGUGUAUACCUGUGUGCCUAAGGAGAUCCUGAAAGAUUUGGACAUUGGAGGUAGUGAUGCCAACAAGGACAAGCUCGAGGAAGAUGAGGAGGGCUACGUGGAAGAGGCCCGCUACCAGCCAUCCACCUUCAGCCCCCUCGGUGUGAUGCAUCCUUCUGUUAAACCACUUCCAGGAGCUCCGAUGGACCGCAACCUGAUCCCAUCGUCUACAAAGAAGACUGACAUUCACGGUGAUGAGAAUUCUGAUGAUGACAAGCACAUCAAUUGCACCAUUAACGGGAAAGGUCAUCGUGCUGUGGGCUUUCUCACCGAGUGGGUUGCGGCCUACAAGUUCAUCAAAGAGAACAAGGAGAAGUUCAUCUUGUAUGUUACACUCAGCCUUGGCUGCGGCCUUGUGGCUUUCCUAAUGGUGCUGUCUGCUCGGCUGUAUGUACAACGACGGAGGGAUCGGCAUCGUGCGAAGACAAAGGCAUCCGAACCUUUGUCGUGUUCGUUCGAUGACUCGGACGGCGGGGACCAAUUUGACGUGGCUUCAGGUCCUCGCCACACAAGUACCAUCGAGGUGGUGCGUUACGCCAACAGGACUGGGAUGAGGCGUCAGGACAGUGAUACACAUCCAAGAGCACCCAUGUCACGCUCCAUGAACAACUACUAUUAUAGUUAGUAGUUGAGGGACCCUGUGCUUUGUUGAUGAUAGGAACUGACCAAAACCCGGGAAACGUGCACAUAUUACUGCGCCCUGGCGCUCUGGGAGGAAAGAUGCUCUGUGAACCACUCGACCGAUGCAAUGACAGCUGCUUGAUUUUUGUUGGAGGUGGAUGACGUGCGUUUUGUUUGUGUACCUUUGGUUGCAGACAGUGACUUGCUGUGGCAUACUGAUAUUUGGUGUUCUCUGUCAAAUGUGCUGCAGAGCUGGUGAAGCUGGAAAACGAGCAUUUUGAUUGCAUAUGAUCUAUGCCUAGUCACAGUGUGCACAAAGCAUAGGAAGAUGGACAGAUUCUUGCCAGAAAUGAGCAUGAAGACCAAAAAUUGUUUGAGUUGGACAGAUGUAAAUACAGAAUUGCAGUGUCUGCUUGCUACUCAUAAAGGAUUGUGCUCGGUAAAGAUAUGGAUGACGAGCUGAUUAGAACAUAGAACAACCUUGGGUUUGUAAGAAUAGUUAUUCACCAAUUUAUUAUUUGAUGUUUAUUUAAGCAGUUGGUCCUUGAGCAAUUUAGAGGUUCUCACUUGUUGAGCCAAGAUAAAAUCUUGUCACAUUUUCGAAUUAUGCGAUAGAUUUGUUUCAGGUACCAUUAUGUCGCAAUCAUUUAGUGGCACGCUAAACACAUUAGGAAACCUCAGGUUUUUAAAAACCAUGGCAUAUUUUUGGGGCUGAAUGCGAGGGAUUAAAAUUUUUUAUAGCCUAUUGUAAAGUAUACAGCAGUUGUUUAUGUUGCACCGGAAUAACUUGUUGGCACCAAACGUUUUGUGAAUGCACACGUGAAGAACCCUGCAAGUAUCAAAAAUUCUACCACAGCCACCGCGACACUUGGAACUGAUUCAGAUGCCAACAAGGUGGAGACCAGAGGCGGGCUCCAAUGUGGUCCACACUUUUCAACAAAGUACAAAAAGGAUGAAACAAAGUGGUUUUCGAGCACCCACCUCCCAAUUUGUGCGCAACGCAAGAGCACCUAGGGCCGGCUGCCUUGUAGAAAUAUUUAUUCAGGCCAGUACCUGGUGGAGAGAGAGAGAGAAAACAUUUUUAAUGCACCAAGUCCGGUGCUACUGUGAACUAUUAGGGACAUACUUGAUGUUUUGUACAGCAACAUUCGCAAAGAAGAAAGAAAGAUAUGUUCGCUUUACAUGCACACUUUGGGUCCUUGUGUUUACAAGUGGCAUCUCUGGUGCUGCUUAUUUGUUGAUGAGAAGGGAUGCUGAAGUAAUGUGUCAAAUGCUGAGCACGCCUUUUUGUAGGUUUGUGGGGCACAGCUUUUCCGUGUCGUUUUGUAGUCUUUAGUUGCUUCUUGUUCAGGUGAAAGGAGGCCUGGUGCAAUAUAUCUGUCAUAUCGAUUCUAGUGGGGAGAUGACCACUUUUCUGUAGUUCAAUAUUCAUUCGAAAUUGCAGGUAAUUGCAUCCUGCUACUUUGUAGUGGUGUACUCAAAUUAAACUGAUGCACUGAAGUGGUCUAGGUUUAAUGUUAAAAUUUAAUUAGUUUGUGCAAUAGAGAUCUACAAAUUUUUAUUAAGGAACUCAUUUUAUUCUGAAGACUACUACUAUGGGGUAAGAUGAGGUGGAUGCAUAUUAGUUGUCUUUGUAGUAUUCAUAAUGGCUACUACCAGGACAUAUAAAUGCAAUAAUGGUUGUUUCUUACUUUUAAUGUCAGAUGACUUGAAGUUUUUUUUUUACACAAGUGCACAGAUUUGUCUAGAUAAGCAACAUGUUUGUCGUUAUGUAAUUCAAGAUACAUAAUUUAUUUGUUUAUGGCUGUGGGCUUCUGUACAGCAGCAUCUGUGGGAAAUUUCAGUUCUAGCCUCUCCUAAAUUUUGCAUUGUGGUUACUUAUAGGGAGUUUUAGUAGACCAUUUCAAUGACUUCAAUAUUGAUACCCAAUAAUCCGCUGAUGCCUUUGUGCAUGCAUCAUAUCGUUUGCGGGUAUUGUUUAUGAAGGUAUCAGAAUGAUGUACUAAAACUCUCUGUGUUGUCCUCAACCAUAAGUGUUUUAGGUCCUUUCUAUCUUUAUUGGAAGUUAACAAAAUCAUCAAAUAAUGCUUUGUGACUUGAAAAUAACCAUUCUUGUGAGAAGUAUGCACACAUAUACUAUGUUCUGUUUUCUAACCAAAAGCUAGAUGGAUCCUUUUGAGUGAGAAAUCAAGCACAGUAAACAGCUUAUAUAGUUGUUUCUGGCUGUGGAUUUCUAUAUAGCAGCAUUGGUUGUGAAUUUCAGCUCCAGCCAUUCCUAAACUUUUGUCAGUUGACAUUUGAUACGUUAUCUGCUGUAAUUGUUUCAAGUCGUUUCUGUGUUACUGGAAGUUAACAAAACAGUUCUACAGCUUUCACUGGUAUGAAAAAAGUCCAAUCUUGAAGAGAAGGUGUGUUGCAUGUCUUCUUUUCGCCAAAAAUAUAGAUCCUUCCGAGUGAGAAAUCAUGCACAUUAACUAGCUGCCUAUUCUUGUUACAUGAGCACAUCAGCAACACUUUGUGUACUUAAUACAUUUUCACAUUGUGAAUCACAUCUAAGCUAUAUAUAUGUCAUUAAAUUAUAGUUUGAGACAUUUCUAUCAUUUGAGAUGCAUAAUGUUUAAGUAUUCUAUCCUUGGUACCGGCACAAAGAAGUUAUUAUGAUGCAUUUUCUUGUUGUAUAACUCUUAGCUUUUAUAAUCAAGAGGCACAGCAGGAAUCCUUAAAAAUCACCAACUGUUUCGUGCAAGAGAUUCUAGUGGUCAGACAGAAUCCACUGAAUCUAAAGUCUAAAUAUUAGUUCCUGGAAACAUUAAAUAGCUGACAGUGAUGGGCCUAAUAAUUUCAUUGGUUGCUUUCACUCAAUUUAAUCUAAGAACUGAGGCUGUGUUGACUAGAGGACUCCGUAGGGAAUUUUAUGCUGUCACAUUGGCUCUAUAUGUAUAUUGCAUCUGGUUUUUUACUGUGGGGAAACAGGGAUCAGCUUUUCAAUUUAAUAGUAUUUCAAUGUAUAUGUUCAGACCAAAAAUGAUUGGGCAAUUUAGCUUGUUGGUAAGAUAACUUUACAGUAUUUAUUGUGCAGCAAGGAUAUGCAUAGUUCAAGUUUUAAGAACCAAUCUCUCUGCUUUCAAUUUCAGUUUUGUCAAUAUUUGGGCUGUUGAACCCUUUUAAUUUAUUAUUUUUCAAACUCAAGAUUUCGUGGCCAUGGCACCUUUACUUAUAAAUUCAUUACGAAAAUACCAGCUUGCAUUUUUGCUUUUAAAAAUUUGUACUCUGCAUUUUCGACGUGUGGUUUCUGGUAGACGUGACCUGCAGGCUUAAAAUAGUGGCAGAGCUGUGGGGCAGGGGUAACACAAAAUUUCAAGGCCAGGCUUGCACCAGGGUUUAACUGUAAGAGUGUACAAAAAACGAAGAAACACUUAAGUGUAUGUAGUCUAUGUCUCCAUGUAUGUGUACAUCAGCUAGUCUUCUGUGCACGUGCCAAGUGUGUCUAACGAGUGGGCGCCAGUAUUGAAUGAUACUUGCUCAAAUCCCACACCUCGGGGCGACAUAUCUUCCAAGCACACAAAUGCAGAUUGCCAUUGAACCUCACAGCGGACUACCGUGCGAAGUGUACAUAGACGUUCUGCAGAGGUCACCAAAGCUUUAUGUGUUGACACAGGGACACAUUUUUGUAACAUAGCAUCUGUUUCAAGGCAUUUCUACAAGGAUGUUAAUAAAGAACACUUGGUAUUU